UAUCAGAUGCUCUAACCGCUUAUACUUCAUGCUCCGCCAAGCCGUUCGAGGAGCUCGGUGGUAUCAGCAUGUGGCGCCCAGAACACCGUCGGCUCCGUCACUUCCUUUGCGCCGUACAUUCUCCGUCGUAGCGACACGCUCCCUCCAUUAUGGCGGCCCCAAUGACAAAGUUCGCUUUUACGAGCAGGAUACUCGCGGGAGCAAAAAUAGAAGGCGGGUCGAUCCGGAAGCCGAAGACACCGCCGAUCGGAAAGAUAUGGAGGGGGAACUGGCCAGGCUUGAUAGUGAACUGGAGGAUCUGAAAGAAGGUCCUUACGGUCCUAACAGCCAGUUCAUAAGGGAGCUACCCGAGAAGGAGAGAGCUAUUGCACUAGAGGCCUUGCGAAAUUAUGAUGCGGAGCACGGCAAGCAAGAGCCCGAAAUUGGCCUUGAACAGGUUUUUGACGAUGAGCUGGAGGAGAUGUUAAAGGAGGAAUUUCAGAGUUUGGCAAUGGAAGAGGAGAACUGGAAUUCAACAGGGGAAGAUGAUGCUUCAAUGAAAAAAGCUGCACGGCGUUCCUACGAAGUUGAGGUCGUGGAUCCAGAAUACCACUCUUAUGUUGGAAAAUUUAACGAAUGUCUGAAACGGAUUACGAACGAUAAAGCAAAUGAGCGACUAGGUCCUGAGCUUUGGAAGUGGUACCGUCGUUGCAAACAGGUUGUUCCGGAGUUUCUGGAGUCAAUACCCGAAGAAGCCAUGGCGCUGUUAUGGUAUUCUCAGACAGGCACCUGUGGAAGAUCUUCUCGAGCAACUCAUAUACAGAUACUCGCUGAAGAUGCGAUGUCAGUCGGUAAAUCGCUCUCGACACCACACCUCCUCACUUACAUUGAGUCUCUCCGAAAGUCUGGUAAAACGAAGGAAGCGUUAGACCAGUGGGAAGCUCAUCAGACGGGCCUCUCGCAACACAAGAAGGAUCUCGAAGCAUAUUGGAAAUUGGGCGUACGGCUCUUUGCUGCUGAAGGUGAUCCUCAACGGGCCCAAGACAUUGCUCUCGCAUUUCUGGCAAAUGACAAGUCACGCGAACCUCGCAUCCUCCUCCCGAUCAUCACUGCCUGGGGGCGGCAGCCUGACAAAGAGGCAGAGGUCAAAGCGUGGGCCUUAUAUUUACAACUCAAAACUUUCCUAGGAAAUACUCUGACCAUGGAGGAUUACGAUAAUGUCAGUAUCGGUUUGCUAAAGGCCGGGAGGCCGAAUCUCGCUAUUGCAGUGUUCAAAGAUAUGAUGGUGACAGGGCAAGACCCAGCCCACGAUUCGACCUCUCUCUAUAAAGCAGCUGUCGGCCUGGUUGGUAAUCUCCAAGCGUCGAGUAUUUCGGAGCGAGAUGUGAACAAAGUAUCGCUUUCAACCUUGACGGUUUUACCUAGGAAGUUCCAGAAUCGAUUCUUUUACGCCAGCUGGAUGAAGAAGCUCAUUGGAAUGGGUGAAGUUGAUUCCGCUGCAUUAGUGAUUGAGUUGAUGUACGAGCGGGGUGUUAAGCCGGACUCAAAACACCUCAACGGGAUAAUUGCUGCUUGGCUCCGUGAUGGCGAUCCCGAUGCGCGAGAGAAAGGCGAGCGACUAGGGUGGUCUAUGGUUCAGCAACGAAUCGACAAUACUUGGGCGCGGACCGAUUCGACAGGAAACACUCCUAGAUUGACUGUCAGUCUAGACACAGGUAACCCUCGCAUACCAAAGUGGAUGCAAAGAGAGAUUCCCCCGGCAAACAUCGAAACCUUUUCUAUUCUACUCCUUCAUUAUACCCGAAGAAGCGAUGAAGGCAUGAUCAAGUAUCUAGUCAAAUGCCUCGGAGAUGCCCACAUCAAGCCAAAUUCCUAUUUCAUGAACCACCUCCUAUACGCCGAGCUCCGAAAACAGGAUAUAAAAUCCCUGUGGAACAAAUUCCAAACAAUGUCUGCAUCGAUCCAACCAGAUUUGGAGACCUUUGCUUGUCUAUGGGACUGCGGUAAACUUCAGUAUGACCGCGGUCGCACAGCGUUCGUUGCAGACUUUCCGUCUGCUCGCGGCCUUUAUGCGGAAAUGAUGCAAUGGUAUUUUCGCCUUCCUGCCCGCCGCCGAACCGCCGCGCAGGAAGAGUUCUCCAAAGAACUCUAUGAUCAAAUAAUCCGCUGCUUCUGUCUCUCUAAAGAUCUUCCUGGCACCCUUAUUGCGCUCUACUCGCUAAGAUCAACAUUCGGGUUCUCUCCAGACGACGUCACCGCUCGUCUCAUAGUCCUACAAGUUGCACGAAUGGCCGGCGUCCCGCCAGACACACCCAAACGUCGUCUCCGUCGCCUUUCAACCACCCCUAAGAGCAAGGAUAACAUCGCCCAUGUCAACAGGCUGGUAGAUAUUCUAAGUGAGCGCAAAGUCUCCGCUCUCCAAGCGCGAGGGCUCACUCUCGAGACUCUCGAGCCAGAGGAGCGAGAGCAGUAUCAGCUUGAUAUAAUGGCUGACCUUUUACGUAUCAUAAUGGGGCGGGCUGCCACUGGGUCGACCAAAGUGGAAGAUCAGAUUGCGUCCGUUGCAGAAGAGAUGAGCGUAUUAGGGGUCGAUCUUGGGUCUUCGUUAGAUGAUUCCGACCUUUCACUAUAGUUCUACACCAGCAAUGUCUUUUGGUAAUUAGGAAAAGCAUCCCACAUUGUUUAGCGGCAUUGUAUUGGGAGUAUAACAGUGUCACGCAGCAUUCGGGUCGGCGUUUAGGUGGUGCUAUGUAUAUAACCAUGGCUCAUAUGUACUAUAAUAGAUAUGUUCCUCUC